AUGACACGACACCACCGGGGCGCGCGGGACCUUCGGGCCAUCAACUGCCUCAUUGCCGUUGGUUAUGGCUCCAGACCGCCUUCCACUGAAGCUAAAUCAGUGGAACAAUGUUGUCCGAUGGGAGUUCAACUGCCCCGUCACGGCGCGGCGGCCAGUAGUUUUGCCGCCGUAGGUGCGGUCCUGCCGGCCUGCCUCCAACAUUCGCGCACCUUCGACCUACUCACCGAAUGGUUUUGCCGCCAUAUCUACAAAAUUCGCGCACAUUCAACCUACGCACCGAAUGGGUGGCGGCCAGUAGUUUUGCCGCCGUAUGUGUGGUCCUGCUGGCCUUCUUGCAACACCCGCGCACCUUCGACCUACGCACCGAAUACCAACGCUGGCAGUCUCACCACCCCGACGCUCCCCUUCGCGUGGUCGUGGCAGCCCUCCCCAGCUGCUUCCCAGCAAUGUUGGUGCUCCUCCAGCACCAGGACCGACGAUUCUGCUCCGGGAGCCUUUCGCACGACGUCAAAUGGCAUCAUGAAGCCUGCGGUGCCUCUGCCCCGUGAUGUGUCGUGUGGGAUCAGUGCCUCUGGUUCACCUCCGCUAGGCCGCGCCAGCCAUCAGACCCUCCCAUUCGAAUUCAUGAAGCUGCCGAAGCCCGUCCGCGAGCGAAUCUACACCCAUAUCCUCUUCGACGAAGGCAAGACCAUCCGGGUCAAGACUAGAGGUGGAACGGACAAGUCAGCCUCGCCCCGGCCGAUGCUGCUGCAGCGUCGACUCCUUCGGCAUGUCUGCGGUGACACCAGGAACGCGAUCGAGAUUUGGGGUUCGCGGUGGCGACAAGCCAAUUUUUUAAGUCGAGAAGGACCGAGAUACUGGCCGUAG